AUGAUGACUUUUAGCAAAGAGACGACGGGCGCUGUGCUAGUUGCGAACUUCAGCAAGAACGUUGCCAACAAGACGAUUGUCAUUACCGGCGCAAGCAGCGGCUCUCUUGGUGGUCAAACAGCCAUCGACCUUGCCCAUUCCCAACCACCGCCAGCUCAUCUUAUCCUCCUGGCACGCUCAGAAGCCAAGGUCCAGCCAGUCAUCGACCAAAUCAACACCAGCACAACCGGGCCGUUAGCCAAAUUCGUCCCAAUCCUCCUAGACGACUUCGACUCAAUUCGAUCCGCAGCCAAGGCCAUCACAGACAUCGUCGGUCCACAAGGCAAAAUCGACAUCCUGAUGAACUAUGCUGGAAUCAUGGCCGUUCCGUACAGUCUCUCGAAAGCCGGUAUCGAAUCCCAAUUUGCCACAAACCACAUCGGCCACUUCCUGCUCACUCUCCGUCUAAAGAGCCACCUUAGCAAGAACGCACGAAUCAUCAACGUCUCAAGCGAUGGAUAUAAGCUCGGUCGCUUCGAUCCAGAAAAAUAUAACUUCGACGAUGGCAAGUCAUACCACCCUUGGUCCGGCUACGGUCAAUCGAAGACCGCGAACAUCCUGUUCACAAAGGGUCUCGCGAAGCGUGGCGUGAUCAGUUUCGCGCUUCAUCCAGGCGUGAUCUUCGGCACUGGGUUGACUGUAGGGAUGACGGAUUCCGACAAGCUCUUUGAGCAGUUGGAAGAAAUUUCGGUGCGAAACACUGGUGAGGCAAUGGUUAUGGGAGAGGGCAAGACGGUCGAACAAGGAGUAGCCACGGCGAUUAGGGCAGUGGUCGAUCCUAGUCUUGACGGGAAGAAUGGGAGCUUUCUUGAUGACUGUGAGGUAGUAGAGGUAUUGGAUUAUGCUAGAGAUGACAAGCUGGUUGAAAGCCUGUGGGAGCUGAGUGAGAAAUUGGUAGGUGAGAAGUUUGUGAUUUGA